AUGGUGCAAAUUUUCCGCACGGAAUUCUUCAAUUAUAUUUGUAUCUUUGAGUUUAUAAAUGUCAUAACUUAUGGCUCCCAAGAAGCAAACCAGAACUACACCAUCAACUCGGCUAACAGGAUAUACUUCGACCAGUCCAUUCCCGUCCGAGAAUGCGUGGGAAAAGUCCUCGACGACAAAGUGAAGUUCACAGACUUUAAUAGGGUAAGAAACUUGGCUUACAGCUUUAUUUUCCUGCCUACUAGAUGUGGGGAGUCUUCAUCACUUGUAACAUCAUUGCAUAUCCAAAAUUGGAUAUCAGAACUCAUGUACUUACAGAUUCAUGGCUCAUUGCAGCCCGACGCCGCCGCUGCUGAGAUCAAUGCCUUCAUCAACGCCGAAACGCGAGGGAAAAUACCAAAGCUUAUAGAACCCUCCUUUGUUGAAGACGCUAAAAUGGUCUUAACUAACGCCGUCUACAUGCAUACUUUACAGAAAAUGGGAAUACGUGACCUUUUCUUCUCCACCGCCGAUCUGACCAACUUCACACCUGUUCGAGGAUUACUGGUGAAUGGAGCGAUCCACAAGGCCCUUAUAGAGGUGGACGAAGAAGGCGCAGAGGCGGCAGCGGCGACGGCGUUCGUUCUGAAUAGGUCUCGUUCAAUGCCUCCAAAGACGACGUUCACGUGCAACCGGCCCUUCGUUUUCUUCAUUCAAGAUAACGAGGCGAACAACAUCCUGUUCAUGGGGUUUAUAGGGGUCCUUGAGGGUCCUCUGCUGGACCUUGUUAUUAUGGACCACGUACUGAAGACCCAGAGGAACCAACACUGUUCACACCCCUUCUGCAUAAAGGAAAGUUGUUUAAAGCGUGAAAAGAAACAAGUGAAAAACAUGAGCUAA